CUGAUUUUGAAUGGUGUGUUGGCUGUCACUUAUUGUAACGACGACGCCGCACAUUCGUUGGAAGGUGCGAGCGUCGGCUCGGGGACGGUAACCCGAGUACCGGGACGGUGUCCCCCUGGCGACGGUUAAAGUAACCCCCGUACGCGUCGCUAGCUUUUAAGCCGGUCACGAUGUCUCCCUGUGUUCAGACAAACUUAUUCUACUGUUUGCAAUUCAGUUUAGGCGGAGCUUUAUUAGAAGGCCCUUCAUCAACGGACAUAACAUGGACCCAAGGCUUCGUGCAGCGAUGGGCCUGGCCCUGUUGGUCGCCCUGGCCGCGACUGUGUGCGAUGCCCGUCGCGAGCUGUCGAUGAUGAAGGUUAUGCCGCGGGCCGUCUACACGCAGACCAACGACCCUGCCGGCAACCAGAUUGUGGCUAUCAUGUUCGACGCCUCGAGCGGCAUGCUGGUCGGGAACAUGACCACGCGCACGCCGACAGGCGGCAUGGGCGCCGCCGGCCUGGGGGCUAACGGGCAGCCCGUCACCGCCGAUGGCCUGUUCUCACAGGGCGCCGUUGCUAUCUCCGGCAGCUGGCUCUUCGCCGUGAACGGUGGCUCCAACACCCUCAGCCUCUUCCGCAUCUCCGACUCCGACCCCACCACCCUCAUGUUGGUCGGCACCCCCGUCGACACGCUUGGUGAUUUCCCCGUCUCCGUGACCUACUCGGCCAAGUGCAAGACCGCCUGUGUGCUCAAUGGCGGCAAGCGGGACGGUGUGUCAUGCUUCGCCGUGUCCGCCACUGGUCUGAAGCCUCUGGACGCUAGCCCACGCCCCGUGGGUCUGGGCCAGAGCGCCAACCCGCCCACCGGCCCUCCCUCCACCGCGUCGAUGAUUGCCUUCAACCCCAAGGGUGACAUCCUGGCUGUCACCAUCAAGGGCAAUCUGAAUGACAACCGCCUGGGCUACAUCGGACUCUACCGUGUCAGCAAGACGGGCAUGGUGUCGCGCACGCAGAGCCGCGCCUACUCCAUCUUCACCUCCCAGCCUGUGGGCGCCGGCGCCUCCAUGAUCGGCUUCCUGCCUUUUGGCUUCGCCUGGGUCGACGACAUGACCCUGUCCAUCUCCGACCCCUCCGUGGGCGCCGUCACGCUGUGCAUCAGCAGCCGCGACCCCAUGCUUGCCUCCAUCCCCGUCUACAAGACUGACAUGGCUGGCGGCUACGCCCCCGCCGUCUUCACCCUGCCCGAGGCCGCGCCCUGCUGGGCCGCCUACUCCGACGCCAGCGGCUGCGCCUACAUUGCGGACGCUGCUACGGGCACGCUGGUGGAGAUUAUGCCCAAGUCUGGCGGCAAGCUGCGGUCCGUGUUCAAUGUGACCAGCGCGUUCGGCAUCACUCUUGGCAGCACCCCCGCCAACACCUACGGCCUGCUGGACACCGCCGCGGCGGGUGAUCUGCUGUUCUCCGUGUCGCCCCGCUCGGGCUCGGUGGUGGUGGUGGACGUCAGCGGCGGCUCCAUGGCGCCGCGCCAGCUGCUGGCAGCCGGCCUGCCCGUCUCCAGCAUGGGUUUGGCCGUGGCGUGCUAGGUGGUUUUGCCUGUCGUGAGUAACAUGUUACCGGAUAGCCUGCAAGACAGCUGCUUUGGUUUUAGAUGCGACUUGUAGUACGUGAUACUGUAUAGUGGUUUGUGCAGGGGCGAUCUUACAGCAGUGGGCACGUGGGCUUGCGCGUGCUUUCGUGCCGGCCGUGAGCAAUGGCACGCACAGCUUCCCAAAUGUAAAAUACAAUCUGC